AGGAUUACAGAGAUUAAACGAUAGGAAGACUGUAAAGAAAGAGAGAGAGAGGCAGACUUUGGACCCACUUUGCUCACUCCUCUCCUGGGUGUACUAGUCCCAGACCUCACCCUCACAUCUGCCUGCACUGCCUAGCUCUCGGCUCUCUCCAGUUCCUCACCAUGAAGAUCCAAUUUGCUCCUACUGACUUGCCCCUAACCAGGAGACUGCAGAUGGCCUCAGUGCUGCAGUGGGUCUUUUCCUUUCUGGGCCUGGCGCCAUGCUGCAUCAUGAUGUUCUUUGUGUUGAUGUUCACGCGGUUCUGGCUGAUCAGCGUGCUGUAUGCCUGUUGGUUUUUCAUCGACUGGGAAACGCCGUCUAAGGGGGGCCGCAGGUUCCACUUCCUGUGCCACCUACGUGUCUGGGACUACAUGAGGGACUACUUCCCUGUCAAGCUGGUGAAGACAGCAGACUUGGACCCCGGGAAGAACUACAUCCUUGGUUUCCAUCCCCAUGGGGUGCUGGUGGCUGGAGCCUUCAUUAACUUCUGUACGAACGCUACAGGUUUCAGGAAGCUGUUCCCUGGCCUUGACAGCUUCCUGCUGAUGCUACCUCUCUGGUUCAGAGCCCCCUUCUUCAGAGACUACAUCAUGAUGGCAGGUCUGAUUCCCUCGAACAAGGAGAGUGCCAGCUAUCUGUUAUGUCGACAGGGAGGUGGGAAUGCCGUUGUUAUAGCAGUGGGAGGAGCCCCCGAGGCCCUGGAUGCACGCCCUGGCGCUUUCACCAUUCUCUUGGCCAAUAAGAAAGGUUUCGUCAAACUGGCAAUGGAACAUGGUGCCCAUCUGGUGCCAGUCUUCUCGUUUGGAGAGAACGAGUUGUUUGACCAGGUGGAGAACCCUCGAGGCACCUGUCUCCGCUGGAUUCAGGACAAGCUGCAGAGCAUCAUGGGUAUCUCUCUGCCCCUCUUCCAUGCGCGGGGUGUCUUCCAGUACAGCUUUGGUAUCAUGCCCUACAGGAAGCCCAUCAACACUGUGGUGGGACGGCCAAUCAGAGUGGAGAAGAAUGAAAAGCCCACAGUGGAGGAGCUGGAUGCCCUCCAUCAGCUCUACACAGAAGAACUCAGCCAGUUGUUUGAGGAGCACAAGGGCAAGUACGGAGUGCCAGAGGACCAACACCUUAGCUUCGUCUGAGCAGAACUCACAACCAGGAGUGCGAGAGAGAGGGUAGAGGGAGAGGAAAGAGAUGGGAGGAGAAGGAGGAAAGAGAGGGGAGAGGCUUCCAAACCACCUUUGGCAUUGCACCACCAAAUCCUCUCACUUGACUUCUCUCAAACAGAUAAACCUUUACUGCCAUAACCAACUGAAGGAUCCAGACGAAACUACAAAAGCCAAGCAAAACCAAUGAAGUGAUAUGGACAUUCUUAUCCAAGAUAUGGACAAAUCUUUCCCUUUCAUGCAAACCACUGUAUUGAGUAUGUGCCCAUCCCACACUUGUUUACUUAUUUCCCAUCUUUAGAAAAAUGAAAUGUCUGCAGAUAUUUUACAAAAUAUAAAACAAUCUGUUUUUUAAAUAUAUAAAAUGUACACUGUU